AUGGAUGACAACAAGUCCCGUGUACGCGGCGACACCUUCCCAGAAUCGGAGCUUCGGAAGAUACAGCGGCAAAGGAAGAUAUCCACUGAUGUCAGCGCGUCGAGGCGGAGGAUAGCGUCGGUGGAAAGCUGCCCCGCGUCCCGACAAAAUACGCUCCGACCCUCCGGUGGUGACGGGAAAGACCAAAAGCUGCCUCCUAUAGGCGUAAGCAACAGGUUGGUGACGAGAAACCAACACGGUGAAGCAACGACGUGCAGUUUUGGACCUAAGACGCCGUCGCAACCUCAAGCACGCAGGCAAAGGAAAGACACACCUGCCUUCUUAACACCUCAUCUACAACAAGGGUGCCUAAAAGUAAAAGACAUUUGGCUGCAGAAAAUGAAGAAGCAAAAUAAGUCUUCGCCCAGCAGUUGUUCUGUUGUAGGUCAACAUGUUUCACCUGACUCCCCGGUCUCUACUGCUGCAAAAGAUCGUAUGGGCCACUAUCCCCCACUGAGAAUGCUGGAAAGCGUGGAGAAAGAGGAGACUGAUACUGCAAAGCCUUAUGUCGACAUGUGGACUAAGAUGGCGCCGCUGCGGCCUGACAGGACCAGUCUGACGUCACUGCCUGCCGUGGCAGGUUCCAACACCAACGGGAAGGAACCACGUCAGACGUUCUACACAAACCAGACCGACUGGGGACCAGCGGUAGACAGGAAGUCAUCAAGACACCAAACUCGAGUGGAGCAAACAGCGACAGCUUUUGGCUCAUUUGUGGAGAAGAGCACAAAAGAUUGCGGAGGCCAGGAUACAGAGUGUCAUCAUCUAACACCACCUAUGGUGAAGCUUUUGAACCUGAAAAUACAGUGA